ACCAGAUGAGCCGACAAACAACUCGCAGAGGUGUCGUUUUGAGAGGUUGCCUUGAUUCCGCAAAAAUGCCGUUGAAUUUUCCAAUCGAUAAAUUUGUAAUUAUUUUUACCCAUUUACCACCCCAUGUCUGACCAUCUAGCUGUAACAGAUUUCUAAGUCACUCACAAAACAGCCUCUGAAGGGAAGGUCUGAAGACACAGAAGCCCUAGAUGAGUAUGAUACAAUGAGGCAUAUAUGCCACCCAGAGGACACAUCUCACAAAGUACCGGUCAGUCUAUGGUUUACAACCAGUGUAAGAGCACGUCCCACUGACAGACAGUCCAGCCUGAACUGGAACCCAUCUCUGUGAGCAAUCCAGCAAUCUGUGAGAUUGGAGAACAUGGAGAACAUGAGCAAGCAAAUAGUGUUUACGACUUGAAAAUGAGUUCUUUCACUUUGUAAAUCUUAAGGAACUAAAGGGUAAACUGGUUGUGCGAUCUUUUAUAUUAUGAAGGAUGGGCAGUGAGAGGUUUUUUGUAUUAACCUUCGACUGGAAAUCUGUAUAAAUAUCAUUAUUGAGUUGUGUGUUAUUGUUGCAGUGGGAAAAUAUUUAAUCUCACAGUGAAAAAACUGACAUGUGCACUGAACAUAAUAUACAUUGUUAAAAUCCCCACUUGAGGGUUCUAUUGUCCCACAGCAACAUUAGCAUCAUACAAAGCAUUACACUGAAUAGUUUAAAAUAAACCUGGGGCACAUCAUUUGAAAAUAUUACUCACACCUUGAUCCAUUAUUGAUUGUUUUUGUAUUUAAGGGGUUGUUCUGGCAUUCUGGGAUUUUUAUUUACUCCACUCUCAGCUGUCUCAUUAUUUAUUCAGUAUUUAAACCUUGUUGUCUACUGUAGGGAGCUAUGCUGAAUUUAAGUUAAAACCUAUGUGUAUUUUAGUAUUUUCUCCACAUCGGGUAUAGGUUUAUAUAAAUGUAAAUGCACACUCGGACUACUUGAUAUGCCAUAAUACAGUGUAUAUCAAUAUAAGAUAAAAAAAAUGUGUCCUGUGUUUGUGUGUCCCUGCGAUUGUGUAGAGAAUAUGUCUCACUACAAACUAAAAGUUGAUACUCUGGCAUCUUGAAAUGUAAUUGCUGGAAGAGAUCCUUGGAUCAAUUAAGUAUUAAUUACCAAACAGGCUUGUUCCUUUGCUGGACCACAUACUGUAUAGUCAUACCUGUGUUCAAAACAUCUGCUUUUUGCAUCUUCCAAAAACUUGCUUAAUGCAUUAGCAUUACAUUUCACGUUUAUUCACAGGGCCCAUGCUACUCCUCUUAGGAGAGUUCGGAUGAGGUUAUAAACAGAUCCUGGCUGUCAGCUCUGUAAGUCCAGGUAACGGGAACAGGUUUACACGUUUUGGGAGCCUCUCAAAAUUAAUACAUUUUGAAACUAUGCGGGAUCUGUGUAGAGCUAUAACUUAGGUAUUGGUCACCUGACUGUUACGCUCUGAUCUCAGUUAACGAUAAUCCAAGCGAGUUCUCUUAGCAGGGAUGAUUGCAGCAAAGACUAUUCAGAGAGGGUGGAUACAGCCUGUUAUUAAUUGUCUUGUGUUUGGAUGGGAAUUAAAAUUCUAUUUUGCUUGGCCCACAGCUCGUCAGCUCUCUGUCUAUAUCACUACUCGGGCGAUUUGGGACCCUCGUAAAGAUGCGAUAGUGGUGUCUAGCGACUAAGUUUCUUAUUCCCCUUGUUUAUUUUUCAUACUUUUGUUUUGACUGAAACACUGUAAUAUACAUUGUAUCUCUGGAAGAAGUGUAUGUUUUUUUUUAAUUAUGUAAUUGUCUUUGUUUCCUCCCCCGUGGGCUUGGGGUAGAAAUAAAUCAAAAUAAAUUAAUCGCUAAAAAACAUGUGGCUUUCACCCCCUCCGCCACCCUGUCCUGUUGUACUGUACUCAGGUGACGCUGCAAAGCAGUCAGGUAGCAAAGAAAUUCUAGAAGAAGGCGAGGCCAAGCAUAGUUUAACGGAUACGGUGCGUAACAAGUGUUACUUCAGGUGUCGCCUGUCUAACGGAACUGUCAUUUUAAAAGAAGACCUGCGACAUUAUCCUGUACCUGACUUUCCUGGAGAGAAAGUUAAAAAAAAGUGAUUGUCAUGCUUCUCCUGGAGUUGUGUUUUAUCGCCGUGCUUUUUGGCAGCCAAGCUCAAACAGUCCCCUCAGUGGACUACGUGCCAGAGAUCAUUCCCAUGAAACUGGCUGGCAGGCUCACCGGUACAACCUUCCUGCUGAGGCAGCCCCUGUGCUACUUCAGCAACCAGCAGGGCCUGAACUGCAGCCUCAGCACCUGUGAGAUAUGGCUAGCUGUUGCCAGAGAAGCAGCAGGAGUUAACAAUUUCGAUACGGACAAGGUCCAGCCCUCGUUCGACAUCGUCAGCGCUUCUCCAUAUCCCGAGGCCUUCCAGAACAAGAACUACUACGUCACCAGACUGGGGGUCCAGAACAACUUCCUCUGUGCUGAGCUCCCCGGCAUCAGGUAUUUCCGAGUGGGAGCUGAAGGCAACUGCAGCACUCCCACCUGCAAUGGAAUUCUGCCUGCUGGCUCCACUGCCAGAGUGAAGUAUCUUCUCAUUGACCCAGAAAACAGGAGAGUGUCCUACGAGACAAAAUGGUCCUUUCCUAUCACUCUCAUAUCAUUGAUGCCCAGCUCCUCCAUUGAUGAUUGGACAUGGAAGCGCUCUGGAGGGAUGGUGGUCAUCACAGUCAUCACUUCCUGCCUGCUGGCCAUCCUGCUGCUGCUGGUGGCAGCGCUGCUGCUGGGCGGUUCAAGCGUCUUCAGCAAGAAGCAGGACAUCACAACAGACCUGGUUCCUGGCUCAUUCAGUGUCAGGAGGUACAGCACCCAACAUAACGUCUACUCACAAGCAUCUGGUAUCUCUCCUCAUCUCAUCUGAACCCAUCGCCUCAUCCCCCAGGGAAGAAUGGUGUGGUCCUCCAGCCUCCAUUGGAAAGAUGAGCUGUGUUCCAUGGGAUCACUGAUCUUGUUUGGUUUAGUUAAUCUUUGACUGGACAGUAUUGACUGAAGAUCAUUCCCUGCCCACACUACAUUAUGUUAAAUAGACAGUAGUUUAUAAACAUUUCCUUUAGCUGAACAACACUGCUGAACAACUCAAUUGACAUUUAUCUUUCUCAGUCUAUUCUGUAAUGAACUUUCACCCCACUGAGUGACAGGAUGAACACUGACAUUAAGUCACCAUCAGUCAUUGCUUAUCAAAGCAGUUUUGGAAGUCUUGAAGCAUGCUUUUAGCACAUGCAUUAUUUGCUAACUAUGUCAACUAUGUUGCCAGUUUCUCAGUCUGUUGAGUUUCUGUCGUCACAUGAAAGCACAAAAGAUUGUGAUGAGCAGGAACACACAGCAACGCUGCUCUUGAUGGAGGAGUUUCCAUGGUAACGAGAGCAGCAACUCUUGCUUCUUUUCCCAGCAAAAUCCUGAGACUGAACCUGAGGGUUGUCAGCGUUUAUCCCCUCACAAUCUUAUCUGCAGCCCUUGUAAAGUAGCUGCUUAGUGCCACUGGUUUCCAGUAAUUUUCAUUAUUUUACUCCACUUACUCAAAAAAGAACCAGAACAAACAAGGCUAAUGACAACAACCAACAGCUGAAGACAUUUUGGCGCAAGACAGUUCUGAGUUGGACCAGUGAUGUUAAUGGAGCUCUAACAAACAUCUGGGAGGGACGAGGGCAGCCAGAUUAAUUCAACUCCCGCAGCCACACGUCACCCUCUCCUCUUCCUCACUCAUUUUGCAAAACUCCUCCACCUCAUCUCCAUCUUGCAGAUAACCACUGGGGCAUGGGGGUCCCGUGCUAUAGCCGGCUAGUCGGCCCUCAGCCAAGCUGGUUAAACCAAGCUUCCACAAACUCAAUAAACGAUUGUACUUUCACACAAUUUACGGCUGCUCUCAUUCCUCGUGAACACAAAGUUAUUCCACAUAUCGGAUAAGACUCCUCUAUGCACUACAGAUACAUGCAUAUUUAAGUAUGCUGUUGCCUAUCUCAGCUUUCUUCCUCUUUGGGUAUCUUCAGAACUCAACUUCUUGCCUAAGACAACCUUGGAAGACAUUCCAUUGCUGUUUCUGGAUUGCCAACUGUUUUCCUAAGGCCUCUAAUAUAAAAAAAAGGUUUUUAGGAAUGGGUGAGUGAUUUUAAUCAGUGCAUGUAUCAAUCAAUCCUGUUGUUUAUCUAAGUACUAGUCUAUACCAAGUACCAUCUCAGGCAGAAAUUGUAUCCGGUUGUAGAUAGAGUACUUUGAGGUUGCCAGUCAGACCAUGUGUUCCAAUGCCAGGUGGCCACAUGCUCACAGAUAACAUUCAGAUGCUUUAUAUUGUUUAUUUUAGGAGCUGUAAAUAAUGUCCUUUUAAAUGUGAAUAAAUAUUUUUCAGAUUUA